AUGGAAAGACGCAAGUGGGAGGAUCUACCAGAGGAUUGUUUAGUGAAUGUGUUUAGAAGGGUAGGCAUGGAGACGCUGCUAUUGGAUGUUCCCUUUGUGUGCAAGUCUUGGUAUAAAGCCACCCUUAAUCCUCUCUGCUGGGAACGCCUUGAUUUUUAUGAUAUAAUGUUCGUUCCAAAAGACGACUGCUUCUAUCGAUUCUAUGACGUUGACGGUGUCCGAAUGGUCCACAAAUUAAUGGAUGAAUACAGAAUAAAAGAAUUUUCCGCCGGUUCUAUGAUCAAAUUUCUUGUCAAUCGUAGCAAUGGGAAAUGUACUGUGCUCAAUCUUCCGGCUGAUGGCUGCAAGGAAGAGGUUUUCAAAUUUGUUAUUGACAAAUGUCCUGCCUUGAGAUGUUUGUCAUUCUCUUGUGAUCUUUUCAAGACUGAUUAUCUGCCCAUUAUUCAAGAGCUGAUAGAGAAGUGUAAAUAUCUGGAAUUCCUGACCAUUUUAGACUUUAAAGUUUCAAAUUUGAAAGAAAUAGUAGCGAAAAUUGGGCUUAACUGCAAAAAUUUAUGGGGUUUUGCCGCUCCUUUUGCAUAUAUUGGUGAAGAGGAGGCGGCUGCCAUUGUCACAAACCUUCCUCAUAUUAGUUACCUGAUUCUAAAGCAUUCACGUAUCGACCGAAAAUAUCUGGUGGAGAUACUGCAUGGCUGCAAGCGGCUCUUUCAUUUAGAUGUAAGCAACUGCAGUGGAUUCAAGAUUGAUGACAAAUUACUCAAGCUGGCUUCACAUAUUCAUACCUUCAAGUACGAGGGUGUAAUCGAUUGAUUUCCUCAUGA